CUGUAGAAUAGGGCCCUACUGGGACUGAUAGUGUAGAGAAAAGACUUUUGUUUUAAAAACAAAAGUAAAAACCAUAAAACAGGAUAUCAAAUUCACACUAGCAACAAUCAAUCUUUUCGAAGUACACCCAAACAAAAUUGUCCAAUCAGAAUGUCUCUUUUUAAACACUCCCAGUACAGGUAAACAAGUUUACAAGUUUGUAACCCAGUUUCUUAAAGUGACAGUGCCUUAAACAGUAAUAAAAUAAACAAAUACCCCGUUCACACUAGCACACCCGUACCUUGAGGGCUCCACGCCCUCACGGUACGGAUGUGUUUACACUAGCAAAUAACCGAGCCGAGCCGGAACCAAGCCGUGAAACUCCAGCCCUGCACCAUAUCUGAAUCUGGCUCGGGGCCGAAGCAGGCUGUGGGUGGGGAUUACGACCUGUGUCAUUACGUUUGUUUUCAUCAUCAACCAGCGUUCGAAGAAGAAGCGAAGAAAAACCGUUACAAGAUGACUCCAAUGAUUUUGAAGGACGGAAAAUGCAAGCCUGGGAUGCCGAUGAAGUACAAGCACUGGUAACUCUCUGGUGUGAAAGAAGUGUCCAGGGAGAACUUGCGUCUAGUGUACGAAACGAAAAAAUUUAUGCCAAACUUGAGGUAGACCUGAAGGAAUUGGGAUAUAACCGGAGUCUUAAGCAGUGUCGGGAGAAAAUUAAGAAACUAAAACAAGAGUAUAAGAAAAUAAAAGAGCAUAACAACAAAAGUGGAGCCGAUCGUAAAAAAAGCAAAUAUUACGACAUUAUGGACUCUGUAUUAGGACAUCGACCUGCAACACUUGGCGCUGGCUUUGUCAAUUCUGCCACAGAGAUAAUGGAAGCAAUGGUGGAUCCACCAGCUGAAGAAGAGGAUGUAGUGCAAGAAGAUGAACUCGACAGCAGCUCCAACUGGACUGAAACGCCCUCCUCCGCUGGCACACUACACAGGACAACAACUGUUUGUGUUUUCAUUUCUUUCAUGGAAAAACCGUAAAAGGGUUGAUGCACCUACUCCAGUACUUGAAUUGGUUAAGGCCAUGAAAGAGUCUGAUACAAAGUACAUGGACUUCAUGCAAGUGCAAAUGCAGGCUGAACGUGACUUUCGUGAGAGGCAAAUGGCGUUGGACCGGGAGCAAAGGGAAGGGGAAAGGGAAGCAUCCACGACAUCGAACACACAGCUAAUAUCUGUGUUGGGAAGAAUUGGAGAGGCUUUGCUAACAAAAAAUGCCAAAGAUAUUACUGUAGAUUAAUAAUGAACAGUUAAUUGUAUGAACUUAAACUGUAUACAUUAAUAAUGUAUAAACACAAAACAUAUGCAGAAUUUAACUUUAUAUA